AUGUAUGAGAAAUAUGGCCCCGACCCUAGUCAGCAUCCACUGGGUGAUACUGAAAUAUGGGAGCAUUGUGUUAGCGGGAGAAAGAACGGGCGAGUUUAUGGGGUAGGAUCAUCAUAUUCGGUCAACGUCAUGUUGGGGACACCUUACGAGUGUGACUCAUCAUCCUAUGAUUACGCCUUAUCUCAAAAGAAGAUAAAUAAACUAGAGAGCAUGCUCGAAUGGGAAGUGAAGAAACGGGAGGAAAUACGAGCCAAUCUUGAUAGUGAGGUGAAGUUACGAGAAGAGAUGGAAAGCCGUCUUCUCGGAAAAAUGAAUGAUCUUUUGAAGCAAUUCACAAGAUGA